AUGGCGGCGGGACAUUCUGUCGGAGUUCGUGUUUUAUCCGCUCUUUUCCGGGUGACGGUGAACAACAAGACGGACGGUGGUUUGGCCCGUUGUCGGACAAAGUCGUCGUGGGCGGUACUUGUUUGGCAAGCUUGGUACGAGGGUCGCGCCGCGCGGACGUUCCUCUCGCUGUACUACGAGGAUCACAACAUUUUCGAGGACUUCAUGAUGCGCAUUUUUUGUCCCACUCUGCCGCAGGGUACGGUUACGGCCGGUGGUGGUGGCAACCCUGCAGGAUCUACGACCGGAGGUGCCCCGCUGGCGGCCGCUCUCAUCACAGCCGGACAUCCUCUGAGAGUGAGUUUGGUUAGUUGUGAAUUGAUCAGCACAAGAUAAAUUUCUAACCCGUCCAGGAAGAAUCCGGUUCCGACAGAAGUAGAUAAUAACGACCUUGGUAAACUUAGCUGCAACUGAUUUGUGAUCGCCACCGAAACAGACAAAAAAAUCACUGCAAUAAAUCAGAUUUAUAAGAAAAAUUGUUUGUUUAUGUUUGGCUUGACAUUUCUAGCAAAAGAACCAAUUCGAUAUCUAUCCCUACACUCAAAAUGGGCAUUGUGUAAUAUUACACGAUUA